CCUUUCUCUCUCGCUUAAUCUAUUCCCACCCUCGAAUGCUCAAGUCGUUUGCCACUGAAAGCGAGCCGGGCAAAGGAAUUCUAGUAUGCCAAUGUCGUGAUAACCGGACCCAAUUCUCGCGUAUCCACGCUCAAUAUCCGCUCAAAUUCAUCCCUACGAAAGCGCACGCCGAGCGUCUUGCUGCUGUGUAUAUGCUGAGCUAUGGCGGCGGUAUUGUCAGCGGCGAUCUGUUCGACAUUAGCCUGACCGUUGAAGAAAGAGCCAUUCUGCUGCUCAUGACCCAGGGCAACACCAAAGUCUUUAAAGAUGGCUACAGCAAACGAGCAACAACGGCUGGUCCGUCGUCGAUCCAAUACAUUGUCAGCCACGUCCACAUCAAUGCGACCUUACUCGUACUUCCUGAUCCAGUCACCUCAUUCAAAAACUCAUCAUUUUCAUCUCGACAAACAUUUAAUCUCGCUGACGACAGCUCACGGCUAGUCCUUUUGGACUGGUUUACUAGUGGUCGACUGACACGCGGUGAAAAAUGGUCGUUUAAACACUAUAGCAGCAAGAUUGAUGUUCGUCUGGCCGACAAGUUGAUUCUGCGUGAUCACAUGGUGCUGGAUGACGACGAAAAUACCGAUAAAAAAAGUAUCAUCAAUGAAAAAACGAGCUAUGCAGAUCGACUGUCGCCAUACACAUGUUUUGCGACACUGGUGGUAGUUGGUGUUGAAACUGCGAUACGAACGAUCGAACGAAAGGCACAAAAACGAUUGAUGGCGACGAUGAGACCUCGUGAUAUGCUGUGGUCGGCAAGUCCAUUUUUGAAGGGCAAAGGCAUGUUGGUGCGAGUUGCAGGUGUGACGACCGAGCAAGUCCGGGACUUUGUCAAGCUUGAAUGUCUUGGUGAUGGAUUGACGGAGUAUAUUGGCGACGGCAUGUUUGCAAAGGUCCUCAUGUAAACUGCAUUCAUUUUAUUGUAUAAUUACGCACAUUUCCUUCCCCCUCCUUUUUUUUUUUGCUCUUUGUACUUUAUAAUUGCUGGAUGGGAAAUAUAAGUAAAAAAAGAUGGAGAGAGCAUUAGACAUUAAAC